AUGCAGCAUGCGGAGGCACCACCAGCACCAAUGGCUGCUCUAGGAAGCAUCGUCAGCCCCGUGCCGUUCAAGGACGUCGUCCACGAAGAGGAGGAUGAACACCGGCCGGAAGAGUACGCGAACAUCAUCUCCACCUUGCCGAGCAUCACCACCAGUUUUGGGCCGUUGGUCCUCUACCAGGGUGUCUGGCUCCGCCCGUGGAUCGUCCCUGGGGUGAUCGCCGUCCAGCGGCGUUUCGCCCCGCGCCCUGACGACGUGCUCCUGGCGAACCCGCCCAAGUGCGGCACCACCUGGCUCAAGGCUCUGUCCUUGGCCACCAUGGCACGGGCCACCUACCCACCGUCGGGCGCCGAUCACCCACUCCUCCGCCUCAACCCGCACGACUGCGUCCCCCACCUUGAGGCCCUCUUCAGUGCCGGCCAGGAAGCCAAGCUGGAGGCGCUGCCGUUACAUAGGCUGAUGCACACGCACAUGCACCACUCCCUGCUGCCACCCUCCUUGGCCCGCUGCAAAAUCAUCUACAUCUGCAGGAAGCCCAAGGAUAUGUUGGUUUCCAUGUGGCACUUCAUCAUGGCUGCAGGAGGCGCCGCCUUCCCCUUCUCCGACCUGUUCGAGUCUGCGUGCGACGGUAAAAACCCCCACGGCCCCAUUUGGGACCACAUUCUCGGCUACUGGCGGGCCAGCAAAGCAAGUCCGGAGAGGGUCCUCUUCCUAAGGUACGAGGAGAUGCUGCUCGACCCGGUCAGCAGUGUCCGGGAGCUCGCCUUGUUCCUCGGUGUGCCCUUCACGGCGGCAGAGGAGGCGGCGGGCUCGCCCAUGGACAUCUGCAGGCUGUGCAGCAUCAACACGAUGAAAGACCUGGACGCCAACAACACUGGAGUGUUUGGGCAGUUCCUCAAGUUCCCCAAUCGAUCCUUCUUCAGGGAAGGGGUCGUGGGGGACUGGGCCAACCAUAUGACGCCCGAGAUGGCCCGCCGCAUCGACGCCGUCGUCGAGGACAAGCUCGGAGGAUCGGGACUCAGCUUCACGUGCUGA